AUGGCUGUUCUAAAAUUAAGGUUCACUAAAACCCAGAGGGACAAGCUCGCCCAGGUGUUGUGGCUGCUAAACUGGAUCUCAGUAGUGACUGGUAUUAUUAUCUUUAGCCUGGGCCUUUUCCUCAAGGUGGAGAUAAACAAGCAAAGAGAACUAAUGGCUAAGCGGGACAUUCAUUCUGUGCCAAAUAUGCUAAUCGCAGUGGGACUGAUAGCCUGUGUGAUCAACUUCGUGGGAGGAAAGAUUUGCUAUGACUGUGCGGAUACUAACAAGUACUUACGCUGGAAGCUACUAAUGCUCCCUUAUAUAAUCUGUACCUUCUUCUUUACCCUAUGUUUGCUGAUCGGAGCACUUAUGUGCUACACCAUGCAUGUGGAACUAAAUGAAUCUUUAGCUCUUGGUCUACAUAAUGCUAUUCGCUACUAUAAAGACACAGACACACCAGGCCGUUGCUUCUUGAAACGCACUGUGGAUUUGCUGCAGAUCCAGUUCCAAUGCUGCGGUAAUACAGGCCACAAGGAUUGGUUUCAAAUCCAGUGGAUCAGCAACCGCUAUCUGGAUAUGUCCAAGAAGGAAGUGGUAGAUCGUUUGCAAAGUAAUGUGGACGGAAAGUACCUGGUUGACGGAGUACCCUUCAGCUGCUGUAACAUUAACUCACCACGACCCUGCAUUCAGCAUCAAAUCACAAACAAUCUGGCCCAUUUUAACUAUGACUACCAAACUGAUGAACUCAACUUAUGGAGUAAAGGCUGUCACCAGGCCCUGCUGGAGUAUUACACCAACAUAUUGCACUCAAUCGGCCUUACAGUGCUUCUCAUCUGGUUCUUUGAGCUCUCUGUGCUUACCGGUGUCCGCUACUUGCAAACUGCCCUGGAGAACGUACUAAAGCAAGGAGACCCCGAGUCCGAAUCUGAUGGAUGGCUACUGGAGAACAGCUUUGUGGAGACUGCACGCUCUAAUUUCAUCAUCAAAAGCCUUAAGAAGUGCAAUCAGAUUGAAGUUGAGAAUGUGGAUCCCAACAUCAACAAACCAGCUACAGCACAUUACGGUCCCGAUAAUAUGCCUCCAAUCAAAAUGCCUGUGGCCAACUAGCCUUAUCCAAAAGAACACUGUAUGUACAGUAUAACAACCAGACAGACAGUGUCAGGCUGAACACGUCUCAUCAGUGAGACCAGAGAAACUGAUGGUCCAAAACCUGCCAACACAAGUUAAACACAUAGCAUUUCAACAGAAAGGCUUAUGGAUAUAUCAAGAGCAUACUAUUUUAUAGUACAGCACAUGAUCUAUUAAAAGCUAAAUGCAUUUAACUGUAUUGAAGUUUGCUAAAAUGAGGGCAGGUUACAGCAGGUUCAUGUUGUUGAACAUAUAAUGAAGAUGACACAGGACAAAAACAACAUAGCAUGUCUUUGUAUAGCACUGGGUCAAAACAAGCCACCAAAUCUGGAGGAAUGAAAAAUAAAUAAAUAAACAAAAAAAAUA